AUUCUUUGUUCUUUUCAACGUUUAUAUAUCAAGCUCAUAUUUUUUUUUUCCACUGUUACGAUGCCGCGAGAAAAGAAAUGUCCAGGCUGCAAGAAGCCAGUAAAUGAUCAUGAUUUUGGCGUGCCAGGGAAACAUUGUGACGGUCCUGGGGGCGUUCCCGAAAUUCGGGGCAAUUCUACUACACGGAACGACGAACUGUUGAAUUCGCUCGCCGCCGCUGUUCAAACUCUCACGGCCGAGGUUCAAAGUUUGAAGGCCGAUCAUGCUAGCAGUCGUCAGUCCCAUUCCUUGCCGCCCUCCGACGUUGCUUCGUCGUCGCGAUCUUCUAAAGAUGUAUCGCCGCGCCGUGCGACGACGGUUACUUUGCCCGAGCUUAGAGCCAUGGAUGACUUGGCCGACGCGGCGGAUCGACGUGUGGCUCAUGUUCUGCCCAUUGCAUCCAGUGAGUCCGAUGAGGAAGCUGAUAUGGGUGCGCUGGCUUCCUCUCCGUUACGGAAGCCAAAUAAAGCUGAAUUCGUGGCGGGGUAUGCACAGAUUCUACAAUUACGAGAGAUCAGUUCGUUCGAGCGCGCCGAACGACACAAACAUUUGGUAACGCUGAUGUACCACGCACAGCUAUACGAAUGGGAGGCGGUGCUUGCCUUCCAUGGAGCGGUUUUGCUUGAAAUCGAACGUGGCUUAUUGAAGUGGGGUGAUUCCUUUUCCCACCUCGAAAGCAGAACCCUCCAUGGUCAGCUACUUUCACCGCCGAAAAAGCAGUCUUACAGUUCAGGGCCGACAUUGUUUUGUAGAGAUUAUCAACGCGAGAAGUGCAUUCAUACCAAGGAUCAUUAUGGUUACGUCCGAGGCGAACGUAAAUGGGUAAAACAUAUUUGUGCGGCUUGUUGGGUACAAUCGAGAAAACAGGAAUCGCAUAGAGAGGAUUCAUCUGAUUGUCCGCUUUCAGGGGAAUCAAAAAACUGAUAAACUUCGCCCUUGGUCAAGACAUUGGGGGCGUUCCUUCCGUUACUGUUGCUUCAUUUCCGGAUAUGUCGUUUUGUGCUUUGAAUGCUGAUGCUUGCUCCCAGCCGCUAAAGGCUGCAGUUCCUGACUGUCGUGGCUUUUCCACGGGCGCUGAUUAUAUUCAUGAUGUGUGUUUUCCUCAGCCGGUGGAGGCUGGUGUUCUAGACUGUCGUGGUUUUUCCACGGCCUUUCCUCGUGACUCUCAGCAGGCGAAUGAUUUUUUAUUUGUACGCACAUGAGUUAGUUUUUCGUUCUGGUCGCCCGAACUUUGUGGUUUCUCGCCUGCCCGUUCCAAGUUCCCUAAAGAUCAAUACUUGGAGGACUUUGUUGUAUGAUUAUGACGACCAAAUGAUUUGUGAUUUCCUGGAGUUUGGUUGGCCGGUGGGUUUCACUGGCGAUACUGUUCCUAUUUUUGAUGCUCGCACUCACCGGGGUGCGCUCAAUUUUGCGACUCAAGUUUCAGAGCAUUUACAACGUGAAGUCUCGCUUGGUCGUGUCGCUGGGCCGUUUACGGAUCCUCCCUUCGGGGGUGGAUUUGUUACUUCACCGUUGAACACGGUUCCCAAGCGAGAUUCUGAAGAACGUAGGGUAAUUGUGGACUUGAGCUGGCCUAAGGGCGGUUCAGUAAAUGAUGGUAUUCCGUGUGAUAGUUUUCUGGGAGAUCCGUUCGUGACUUGUUAUCCCACUAUAGAUGACAUUGUGGAAGCGAUCGUGCAGUUUGGCCCGGGUUGUUUUCUCUAUAAGAGGGAUCUGCGGCAGGCGUAUAGGCAGUUUCCUGUGGAUCCCGGCGAUUACCGUUUACUUGGGUAUAUUUGGAAUGGACAUUAUUACUUUGACACUGUUUUAACUAUGGGGUUACGCUCUGCUGCUCAUUCAUGUCAGCGCGCCACCUCAGCGGUAGCUUGGAUUCAUCGACAGCAAGGAAAAGCUUUAUUUAAUUAUUUGGAUGAUUUCAUUGGGGUUUCUGAGGCUAGCUCUGCGACUUCCGAUUUUGAGCAGUUGGGGACUCUUCUCUCCUCUCUGGGACUGAUCGAAUCUGUUUCCAAAGCCUGUCCGCCUUCAUCGUUCAUGCUGUGUUUGGGAGUGAUGGUAGACACGAAUUCAUUUACGUUGUCAGUUAGUCCUGAGCGGCUAGCGGAGUUAGAGCUUCUCUUACAUGAUUGGAGGAACCGCAAAACUGCUCGCAAACGGGAGUUACAAUCCCUAGUUGGCAAACUUGUGUUUGUUUCAAAGUGUGUUCGUCAGAGUCGGGUGUUUAUCUCGCGCUUAUUAAGUCUGCUACGAACAGUUCAAUACAAUCAUCUUCACGUUAAUUUAACCGCGGAAUUUCGCAAGGAUAUUAUUUGGUGGUGUCAUUUCCUGCGAGAAUACAACGGAGUAUCUAUGAUUAAAACUACCUCUUGGAGUUCUCCGGGGGAAGUUUUUUCUACAGACGCUUGCCUGGUUGGUUGUGGAGGCGUUUGUGACAAUGAAUAUUUCCACGCUUCAUUUCCGGAUGUGGUUGUGGCUCAGUCCCUCGAUAUAAAUUGUUUGGAACUUCUCACUAUUGUGGUGGCGCUUAAGUUGUGGGGUCAACGGUGGACGGGACUCCGUUUAACCGUGCGCUGUGACAAUCAGGUUGCUGUCACGAUUCCUCGGCUUUGGCCUCUCUGCAAAAGGAUCUACGACAGACAUUACAAGCUGCUUAUAGCACAGGGACAUAUAGUAAUUUAAAGACUCAAUUUAAGGCCUUUUUUCUAUUUUGCUUAUAUUUUGACUUGACUCCAUUACCAGCAGACAUAGAUACGGUCUGUCUUUAUGUACAGUUUUUAUGUCGUUCGAUUGCACCACCUUCGAUUCGUAAUUAUUUAAGUGGGGUCAAGUUAUUACAUCUUUUCGCCGGUUAUGACUAUGCAUUUACUAAGGAUUUUAGUUUAUCCCUAGCCCUGCGGGGAGUUUCCCGUAGGAUACCACAUGUAACUCAGAGGGCUCCACCGGUAACUCCUAGCCUUUUAUUGCUAGUUGCGCGAACAGUAGAUUUUCAACAUGAUGCUAACUCUUCUACAUUGUAUUGCGCAUUUCUCUUUGCAUUUUUUCUUAUGGCGCGUAUAGCUAAUAUCGUACCGCUUUCUUUUAAGGCAUUUAAUCCUACCCGCGAUCUCACACGGGGUGAUGUUUUGUGUAACGAACACGGGCUUAUCGUCACGUUUAAGCAUACAAAAACUAUUCAGUUCGGUCAGCGUCGAUUACACAUUCCUCUGUUACGUA